AUGUCGUCUAAUGAUAUUGUUGACCACAUAAUCGCCACCAACAUUGACCCCUCGACCCUCGUAAAGAUUGAGAAGCAAAUUGCGGUCCCGCUUCGUCAACUCAUCUCUCCGAGGGAAAACCGUCGACGCAGGUGCAUCCCGAGACCGCAAAACAAUUUCGUGCUGUACAGAAGAAAUUUUCAUGCGGUCAUCACGAGGGAGAGGGGACACGCGGUGGCGAAAAAUUUCAAGCUCAUCUCAAAUGAGGCGGCCAAGAAUUGGUCGGAGGAGAGUAACGAGGUGAAACAGCUGUACGAGUUGAUAGCCGAUUGCGCAAAGAAAGUCCACGAUUGUACAUACCCGCAGUACGUCUAUCAACCCAAGCAUAAAUCUUCGAAAAAAGGAAACAACACCAUAUUUCGUGAGGUGACCAUGGACACCUGCAAGCAAAAGACGAAAUCCGACCGCGGCUCCUCGAGAAAUGAAAAAUCGCCAUCACACUUGAAAUCAUCCACGCCGUCCAUCAAAUCCCUGGCAGCAUCAAUGACCUCAACCAUGACGACCCUAUCAAUGGACCCCACACCACCAAAUUCCUCGAUAUCUUCCAUAUCGUCACACUUAAAGUCAUCUCCGCACGCCGAACUUCAUAUGUCAUCUGUCUCGCUCGUCAAGGAUGAAUCAAAGGAAUGGCGCUGGGCGCAUUGUCAAUCAGAAUCGUUCAGACAGACGCCUCCGGACUCAUACCAGCAACCCCUUCCACCACCUCCAUCCCAACCACCCAAUUCGAUGCAAGGUGUCGAGAAGAUUCCCGCGCAACAACCUUCGAUGUCAACGAAGCUUCUCCCACCAAUCGACAUUCCAAUUUCCACGAAUUUCAUGGAAGGCUAUGACAAAAAUGUUUGGAGUUUGGUCAACGGAUACACCAAUUUGUAA